AUGGAGGAUCAAGGAAUCUUGGGUUUGGGGGUAAAACCCAGAACACAAUCAGCAGCUCGGAUCAGAGGAAGAAGAUGGUUGAAGGGUAGAGAGAUAUGGCUUGUUGCUCUUGGAAUAGUACUUCAUGCUGUCUACAUGCUCAGCAUUUUCGACAUUUACUUCAAAUCCCCUAUUGUUCAUGGCAUGGACCCUGUUUCCCCUCGAUUUACUCCCCCCGCCAAGCGCCUUGUGCUUCUUGUAGCUGAUGGGUUACGGGCUGAUAAGUUCUUUGAGCCAGAUUCUGAUGGGAACUACAGAGCACCGUUUUUGAGAAGUGUGAUCAAAGGACAAGGGCGUUGGGGUGUGUCUCAUGCUCGCCCUCCAACGGAAUCCAGGCCUGGACAUGUUGCGAUUAUAGCUGGUUUCUAUGAGGAUCCUAGUGCUGUCACAAAAGGAUGGAAGGCAAAUCCUGUGGAAUUUGAUUCAGUUUUUAACAAGAGUCGGCAUACAUUUUCCUAUGGUAGCCCAGAUAUUGUUCCGAUAUUUUGUGGAGCUUUGCCUCAUAGUUCGUGGAAUACCUAUCCUCAUGAGUAUGAAGAUUUUGCUACCGAUGCAUCUUUCUUGGAUGAGUGGUCAUUUGAUCAGUUCAAGAGCAUUGUGAAUAGAUCCAGAGAGGAACCUGAACUAAAACAGCUAAUUCAACAAGAUCAGAUUGUUAUAUUUUUGCACCUUCUUGGUUGUGAUUCAAAUGGUCAUGCACAUCGUCCGUAUUCUUCUAUAUAUCUCAACAAUGUUAAGGUUGUUGAUCGUAUUGCUGAAGGCGUCUAUAAUCUUCUUGAAGAUUACUUUAAGGACAAUCAAACAGCAUAUAUAUUUACGGCUGAUCAUGGAAUGAGUGACAAAGGAAGUCAUGGAGAUGGGCACUGGUCAAACACAGAUACUCCGCUUGUUGCUUGGGGAGCAGGUGUUAAGCAUCCAAGGCCAGCAUCCAAUAAUCAUCAAGAUCAUGGUGAACGAUUUGUUGAUGAACAUGAUAUGCAUGAUACACCUACACCAACUGAUUGGGGUCUCAGUAACAUAGAAAGAGUGGAUGUCAAUCAAGCUGAUAUUGCACCAUUGAUGUCAACUCUUCUUGGUUUGCCAUGCCCCGUUAACUCAGUUGGUAGUCUACCCCUCGACUACAUUGAUUUAGAUAAGGGGAAUGAAGUGGAAGCUGUGCUAGCGAAUACAAAACAAAUUCUGAGUCAAUUUCUUCGUAAAUCACAACUAAAGCAGUCAAAUUCAUUUAGAUUCAAGCCUUUUGAACCUCUAGCCCAUUAUACUUCAAUUUUGGAUCACAUUGAGUCUCUCAUAUCUAGUGGAGACUAUGAACAUGCAAUGGAACUGUCCAAGAAUCUUAGAAGCUUGGCGCUGGAGGGGCUCCACUAUUUUCAAACUUAUGAUUGGUUCAUGCUGAUGACUGUUAUAAUCCUCGGCUACAUUGGGUGGAUGCUCUGUCUUAUUAUUCAUGUGUUGCAAUCUUAUACAUCUUUGCCUGGAAAAAUCCUUAGAAAGGUGGAAGAAGUUUUCACUAGAGAUCGUCCAUCAAAGGUGUACCUAUGUGGAAGUCUCAUCAUGGCAUCAAUUUUUGUCGUGUUGUAUUUGGAGCACUCACCUCCACUCUAUCAUGCUUAUUCUGCAAUGACUGUAUUUCUUUGGACCAAUAUAUUUAGUGAAUAUCGGUUUCUAAGAGCCUUGUGGAGAUUCCUACGAGCAAAAGAAUCUUUCCAUUUCAUCGAACUCUCUGCAACCUGUGUUGUCUCCGUCAUUGUUCUUGAAUUCCUAGUGAGAAGCUUCACGCAGAGAAUCAUCUACACCUGGUGUUUCUUAAUUGUUGGGGUCAUCACUCCAUUUUAUCUUUUUAAGUCAAUUCCAUGGAAAUCUGGAAUACCAAUUUUUUUGUGGCUAUCAUGUUGGUUUUUGUCCGUUUUUACCUUGAUGCCUGCCGAGAUUCCUGACAACACGGUACUAGUAACUAUCAGUGGAGUUAUAAUUGUUGUGAUAGGAGGAGUCAGCAGGUAUCUAGAUCUGCAUACCAAAGAUAACAAGUAUUGGCUUUAUCUCAUCAACCAUGACUCACAACCCAGCUUUCCCAUGCUCUUCCACUUACAGGCCCUUUUGGUUGGCUUAUCAUCCGUGUUGGUGUACCUCUCAACAUCUCAUAGAACAGAAAAACGUGAACUGCUUGCAUUACAUCAAACAAUGAAUUGGUCCAUUGCUGGUUUAUCAAUGGUUCUCCCACUGUUUUCAGCGACUGACCUACUUUCUCGGCUUACUUCCAUAUUCCUUGGUUUUGCACCCCCUUUCCUGCUUUUGUCUAUCGGAUAUGAAGCUGUAUUCUAUGGGGCUCUCGGUCUUGCACUUUUUGGAUGGAUCCUGUUUGAAAAUGCACUUCUCUACGUCAAAAAACCAAAAAAGUCCCUUAGUUCCUUUGAAACGGAGAAUGGUAACAUCAUUCUCGAGGAAGGUGAUAGAUGCCUAAAAUUGUUCGAUAUGAGAAUCCCGAUAGUUUUUAUGGUAUUCUUUAAUAUUGCAUUUUUCGGAACGGGUAAUUUUGCAAGUAUUGCAAGUUUUGAGAUUUCAUCGGUUUAUCGGUUCAUCACAAUAUUCAGUCCAUUUCUUAUGGCGGCGCUGCUUAUUUUCAAAUUGUUCAUCCCAUUCAUGCUCGUCAUAUGCGCGUUUAGUGCAAUAACGAAAUUGGUCCGAGUUCCACGGUUGGGAUGUUACUUUCUUGUUAUACUAUGCUCAGAUGUCAUGACGAUUCACUUCUUUUUCCUGGUGAAGAAUACGGGAAGCUGGAUGGAAAUCGGGAACAGCAUUAGCCAUUUCGGAAUUGUGAGUGCCCAAGUCGUAUUUGUUCUCUUGCUUUUUGCCCUCACAAACGUUUACACGAAAGACAUUCAAACUCAUUCAGCAAAGCGGGUUUCUCGAAAAACAAUGUAGACAGUUAAUUUGGUCGAUCUUGUCAUUGUGUUAUUUCUUGGGACCUCUGUUUUCCCCUUCUUUA